AUGAAAUAAUAAUAUAGUGUGAUAUUACCUAUUAGUGCUGAAGUAAACUUUUUGCACAUCCUAUUUAGAGUUUCUAAAAGGGGAGCAAAUUUGUAGACUAUUUGAUUGACUUCGAUCUGAGUAAGCAAAACUAGUAAAAGGUUGAAAUAGUAUCAUAGGUUCAAUAUUGAUAUAAUAUUAGUCACCAAUUGUUAAAAUGUACAUACUCUCUAAUUACUUACCAGAAUUUAUGGUACAAUUAACAAAUCAGAAACAAAUUCAAAUUUAGGAGCGUAAGACAUCAUAUGAAAAUUGUGAAUAGAGAAUAUUUAAUGUAGUUCAAUUUUCUGGGAUUGAGGUGGCUAUAAUUGGCAAACUAGCUCCUAGUCCUAAUAGAGCUGCUUAAGUCAUUGAUGUUGUUACAGAAGAAUUGGAUUAUUUUAAGGGAUAUGAGAAAGAUGUCGAAAGAAAAUUAAGAGACAAUUUUGGCAUUUUAGAGAAGAAUAAUUGGUAACGAUUCUGUCCAAACAUUGUUGCAAUUAAUUUAAGUGUUGAAAUUAAUAUCUAUCAGUAUGGCGAAGAAUCAAAUGCAAUUGCUUAAUUCUUAACAGAAAUAAUAAGAAAAUAUAUUUUGUACUUUUAUAAGUCAAUGCUACUAACUUAUAAUGUUUGGCAGAGUAUAAACGAUUCUGAAUUGUUUAAAAUGAAUAAAUCAGUUUUAUUGCAAUAAUAAUAAGUGAAGUUGAAUCUUUAUCAAUAAAUAACUUCUCUCAAAGAUCUAUAAAAGACUUCAUAUAAAGAGUAAUGUAUUAAAAUAAAAAUAGAUUAAAAAAGAAGUACUUCAAAAACUAUCCUAACCUAUCUUAAUCAACAUUUUCUACUCCUGUAAAAUAAUCUUAAAUUAGUCUAACGAGCUCCUAAACUCCAACUAAAACUCCUUAAUUAUCAAGAAAAAAAGCAGGAAUGAUUUAUAAAAGGGGAGAUGGUCCUAUAGAUUAUAAUUGGAAUUAAAGAUAUUUAGUAUUGGAUGGAUAAACAUUGAUAUAUUUUAAAGAUAGAAAUGAUAAAGUACCAAGAGGAGCCAUAAAUUUAAGGGAAGCAUAUGUGUCUCCAAUGUCUAGUUUAGAUGACAGAGAGCAUUGUUUUUAUAUUGAAGUAGAAGCUUAGAAUAAUAAGCAAUUUUAUUUCAGUGGAGAAACAAUGGAUGAAACUGAAUAAUGGCGUGAAGAAAUUUCUUAAGCUACAAUAUCAGUAAUAUAAACAGAAAAAAGAUCUUCUUUUGCAGUUACAAAUACAUAUUUAUUGACUGAUACUCUACCUUAAGAGUUAUCUAAAUAUAAAAUUUUAACAAUGCUUGAUGAUUUAUAAUAAUAAUGGUAGUUUCGUAAAUUUAGGAAUGGAGUGAAAAUCUACGAAAGUCCUAUUUAAAAUAAAAGUAAUAUGAAUUGGAAGUUGUAUCUAAUUUUGAGUCUUGCAUUCUGCAUUAGUGUAUAUUUGAAACCAAAUUGGCUACCUUUUUUGAUGGCUAUUUUGGUUGCAGGAUUAUCUGCUUCUUAUUUUAAAAAAUAACAAGCUUAGACAAUACGUGUUUAUGGGAGAAUGGUUUGUGAUAUAGAUUCUUCUAAAGCAUUUAGAAUAAUUAAGAAUUUAAAAUUCAAGAAAGUUUUGGAUAACAAUUUUGUACAAAUUAAUAAAAUAAAAGACAACAAGGAUUUAGAAUUUAGUGUAAGUAUUAUUAAUUGAUAUUAGAAAAGAGCAAAAGUGCAUUUUAUAAUCCACCCUAUUAGAUAAAAAUAAGUAGUAUCCAAGCCAGUUAUAAUUCAAAUGAAUUUAUUGAGAUAUAGAUUUAUUAUAAACAAUGGAAGUUCAUUUAUAGUGGAUAUAUUGACAUCAGAUAAUAAUAAGUUUAAUAUGUUUGAAGCCUAUGAGAUUUAAAGAAUUCCUAAAGUAUCAGGGAAAGGAUUAGUGAAUUAUUAUUGCGAGAUAAACUGUUCCAGAAUAACUACUGAACUAGUAAUUAGAAUCAUUAAUAACAUUAGGAAAAAUAUUUAUAUAAUAAAGCAGAGAAUCUAAGUUUGAUUUCAUAAACCAUAGAUGAAGAAAGGUUUCAUUAAUUUUAACAGUCUAUUGUUAGUGAACUUUCAUCCACAUAUAUUAAAUAGAAAUCAAGAUCUAUAGCUGGAUUUGAUGAAUAAAUAAGUUCAAUUACUUAAUUGAAGAAUGGAUAACAAUUAAAAAGUAAAAGUUUAGAAGAACGAAUUCCUGGAUAUAGAAGAUUCAAAGAAGGAGGAAUAGAAUGUUUUAAUAAGGAAGAGAUUAAAGCUUAAGAUGGAUUAGUAUUGGAUUUGAUGAGAUCAGCAGGAAGAUAAUUAUUUGAAGGUCGAAACAUUAUUUCAUUUUCACUUCCUGUACGUAUUUUUGAACCAAGAUCUAUGAUUGAAAGAAUAUGUGAUUAUUGGGGUUUUAUGCCUAUCUAUAUGGAAUAUGCUAUAGGAUAAUAGGAUGAGAAAGAGAGAUUUAAAUUAGUUGUUACAAUGAUAAUAGCUGGUUUAUAUAAUGGAGGUAGAUAAAAGAAACCAUUCAAUCCAAUUUUAGGAGAGACAUUUUAAGGUUCAUGGUAAGAUGGAUCAUCAAUUUGUAUUGAACAUACAAGUCAUCAUCCUCCUAUAUCACAUUUCUAUAUUGAACAUUUCAGAAAAAAAUAUAGAUUUUAUGGUCAUUUUGAAUACUAGGCUGCUCUAAGAUAUAAUGCAGUUAUUGGACAUUAAGUUGGAGAGAAUGUUGUUGAAUUUACUGAUGGAUAGAGAAUUACAUUUAGUAUGCCACCAGUUAAAGUAAGUGGUUUGAUUUAUGGUUCAAGAUUAUUGGAAUGGUAUGGUAGUAUCAAAUUUGUUGAUUAAAAAAAUGAUAUGGUUUGUGAUAUUAAGUUUUCUGAAGGAGCAGGCAUGUUAAUUGGUAGAAAUUAAAAACCAACUGAUUAUUUUGAGUAUCACAUUUUUAUUUUGUUUUUAGGGGGACUUUGUUUUAGCAUAACAGAGUCAUUUCUAAAGUUGAAGGCUCAUGGCUUGAAUUUAUUAGUUGGGAUGGAAUCAAAUAUUGGGACAUUGAAAAAAUAGAUCCAGCAUAUAUCAUUAAAAGUGAAUCCCCCUUACCUAGUGAUUGCAGAUUCAGAACAGAUCUUAUUGAAUUAUCUAAUCAUAAUUUAGAUGGAGCAUAAGAGUAUAACCAUUAACACUAAUCUAUAGGGAAAAAACUAGACUUGAAAUCAUUUAGAGAAGAGAUAGAAAACUAAGGCAAGAUUAUAAAAAUAUAAAAUAGAAAUGA